UCGGUGCCACUCGAGGUCUCAGCUAAGCUCAUGAAUGGUUUGAAGGAUAUAAGUCCUGGGAAAAAUGCAUGGUCGACUUUGGUCGAUUUGUGCGAUGUGUUGGUGUUACGCGAGGGGUACAACUGCAUGCAACUUGUGGAACAAAUUGUUAUGAGAGUCGCUGAGGAUUCUCAGCUAA